CCGAGCUGGCGAUCUGAACGUCCCGAAAUUUCCGAGCUCGACGCAAAGUGUCCUGAAUCUCUCUCGAGUUCACUGUCAACGUUACGAUGCCGAGCAUCAAAUGGCGGCUCAUCGGGAUGUCAUUCGGAAAGUGGGAGCAGGCGCCAUCAACAAAAAGGUGGAACGUCCUUCCUCGAGGAAAGAGCUGCAGCUACGGAGACCUAUGACCUAAACACAUCACCAUCCACUCAUACAUUCCUACACAUCACCAAUUUCGAAUCGAUCAUCCACAAUGCCUGAAGUCAAGCUGUACGAAGUUACAAAGCCGUACAUUGAGACGUACUGCUCUCUCGGUGAGGGGCCUUUCUGGGAAGAGGAGACCAACACAGUGCGCUUCCUCGACGUUGAGAAGCAGGAGCUGCACCGCGUGAACAUCGAUGAGGGACCCUCAAGUCACAAGCUCAUCAAGAAGCUCGACAUUUCGAUAGGCUGCACAGCAGACAUUGAAGGCAACGAUGAGGAGUUCAUCUUUGGCGGCAAGUACGGCUAUGGCAUCGCAAACAAGAAGACCGGCGACUACCGAUGGGUCAAGAAGGUCUGGUCAGAGGAUGAGAUCAAGGCAAAGAAGCACGAGAAGUUCCGCGGCAACGAUGGUGCUGUAGACUCGCAGGGCCGCUUCUGGGCUGGCUUCAUGUUCGAUCCGCUGGUUGAGGAGAUGAGGUCUGACGGCGCCGUCUUCCGCCUCAACCCCGACUCGUCCCUCGACCGCCCACUCAGCGACAUCUGCAUCCCUAACGGCACAACAUGGAACAAGACCGAUGACACCAUGUUCUUCGCCGACAGUCCCGACAAGAUCAUCUACCAAUUCAAUUUCGACCCCAAGACUGGCUCAGUCACAAACAAGCGCCCCUUCUUCACCAUGCCCAAGGACAACAAGUACGGCGAGAACGCGGUGCCAGACGGUCACUGCAUCGACGAAGAGGGAUACAUGUGGACCGCUCUGCACGACGGAGGUCGUGUGCUGAGAAUAUCGCCUCAGGGCGAGGUCGUUGCGGAGAUCAAGCUGCCUACAAGUCAGAUCACCUGCCCCUGCUUUGUAGGCACACAGCUCUUCAUCACGAGCUCAGGCGGUGGUGGACCAAGUGGGGAUGACGGCAAGCCGGUCGACAAGUUUGCAGGAAGCUGCUUCUUGGUCGAUGUUGGUGUUCGGGGAUUGAAGAGAUUCAAGUUCAAGGGCGGUGAAAAGGUUGAGGGUGGAAAGGUCGAUGGCAAAGUGGUUGCAGAAUAGAAACUCUGUUCGAAGUGCCUCAUUGGAGCCAGCACCGUUGUGUUGAAAUGGGAUGUGAGA